UCUCAACUUUUAGGUUGUGCAUUUUGUUUUGUUUUGUUUUUAGUUGACAGAAGAAUCAAAAAUUAGAUUCACUGUGGUAGGAGGUAGUACUAUACACAUACUUUCUUGGGAGGCUGAGUGGAGGGAAAGAGGAAUUUAAACAUGUUUUUGGUGGAUAAACUCCCAGAAUUAUUCUCCCAGAUAUGGAGCAAUGAUGAGGGGCAUUAGAGUAGUUGGGAGUGGGAGGAGAAGAAUUUGAGAAUUUGAGAGAAGCUGUUACCCACUUUUAAGGCAAAAUAGCGUCACCAAAGCACAAGAUUUUUGAAAGCUCUGUGCAAGAUUGAUUUUAAUGGUACCAUUUCACUUCAUCUUAACACUACAUCUAAACUCUCUGCACCUUCCAAAUUUCUGUCUAAUUCAUCCCCGAGCUAUGAAAUUGUUACAGAUUUCAUCCCUGAGGGGUUAGGGAGUAUCUUCCCAUUGUAGAGGUAAGUAAAGCAAGGUUCUGUGGAUUUUGUUGGUUUGUCUUCUGGAGAAGAGACCUCUAUUCUCUUAGGUUCAUACACUGAAAUUUUUGCCAGCAUUUGGUUGGUAUAUAACGUGAUUUCCUUUUCUUUACCUUCUUUCUCUUGGAAACGUGGGCCUGACACCAUCCUUUACCAAGGACUACCGGCAGAUGAAUAUAUUGAAAGGUGAUGAGUACAAAGGAACUUGACCACCAACCACUCGGCAUGGUGAAAGGAUGAGCACGUAAGAUGUGGAUGGAUUAGAACUGGCUGGGAUUUUCUGAUCCCCGAAGUUGCAGUUUGCCACACAGGGACAAACACGUGCCUUCCAUAGCCCUUGGUGUAAACAGGGUAUUAAUCGGGCUGUGACUCCGUGUGCUGGGAGCAGAUCAGAGCUCAGUCCAGACCAAGGCUGCGUCCCCUGCUCUUGGUGCGUAUGGACAAGUCCCGGACCAGCAGCUGUGGCCGCUCUCAGCGCCCACCUCGGCCUGCACCCCAAACAGCAGAAAGAGAUCAGAAAGCUGGGGGCUCCCUUGCCGUCUGGCGGCGGCCGUCCGGUGAGCCGCGAUGGGCACCUGCCCGUACACCCGGGAGCUGGGGCCGAAGCAGCCGUCGGACGCGAUGCGCUUCUGCUCAGGGGACGCCGCGGGCAGCACCCCAGCUCUCGGCGCUGCGCCGCCCCGCGCCCCGCCGGCCCGACAAGGCGCGGCUGGGCUGCGAGGCCAAGCAAGGCUAUGUCAUGCAUCGGCUAGCGUGUGGCGCGGUGGCCGCAAACGCCCGGUCCCUAAGUGUGCCUGCCACCUACGGCACGCCUGUCCACCAUGGCGUCACCUACGGCACGCCUGUCCACCAUGGCGUCCACCCGCUCAGGUUCGCUCGAAGCCUCCCCUCUGCCGCCGAGGAGCUAGCUGGGCGCCGCUCUGGGGCCCGGAGCGUCCUGAAGCCUUACUGGGUUGGUGAAGAUUCUACGUACGGAUCUUUGGAGGUUGUCCUCAUUGAUCCAUUUCAUAAAGCUAAGAGAAGAAACCCUGACACCCAGUGGAUCACCACGCCAGUCCACAAGCACAGGGCGGCGCCUGCAGGCAGGGAAGGCCACAGGGUCCUCCGCACGACCGGUGGUUCUCGCCGCGCAGCCUGGAGACGGCACCGUGCUCUCCAGCUCCACCGCUACCACUAA